AUGGGCUGUGAUUGGUUCACAGAAGCUGCUUCUCAACAGCCCGAUGAGAAGAUAAAGGUUGGAAGCAUAUUUUCUUCUCAGAGGACAGCUGACAAGUGGAAAGGACAGAAGAGACAGGGACAGACAGUUCAGCUGGACAUGGAUCACAUGCUGUUGGUGUUGGUGUUGCUGUCAAACUCAGGACUCCAGAUUGGAGCAACACAAAACUCAACAGAUCCUGUCAGGUUGGUGGGAGGAGCCAGUCGCUGUGCUGGUACCCUGGAGAUGAAAGUCCAAGAAGAGUGGAGACCAGUGGAUGACUGGCACUGGUCCCUGAAGACAGCAGCAGACUCUGUCAGACUGGUUAAUGGGUCCAGUCUGUGUUCAGGCAGACUGGAGGUGAAGUGGAACCAGUCCUGGUCCUCAGUGUGUGAAGAUGACUUUGACCAGCAGGAUGCACAGGUGGUCUGCAGGGAGCUGGGCUGUGGGCCUCCUGUAGUCCUCCAGGGGGCGCUUUAUGGAGAUGUGGCGGCUCCAAAGUGGACCAAAGAGUUCCAGUGUGGAGGAAAGGAGUCUGGUCUUUUGGCUUGUGGAAGCUCAGGCUCAGACAGAAACACCUGCUCACCUGCUAAAGCUGUUGGACUCACCUGUUCAGAGCCUUUCAGGUUGGCAGGAGGAGCCAGUCGCUGUGCCGGGACACUGGAAGUCAAAGUCCAGGAAGACUGGAGACUGGUGGAUGACGGGGGACGCAACUGGUCUCUGAAGACAGCAGGUGUGGUGUGUCAACAUCUGGACUGUGGCUCUGCUGUUUAUACAAAUAGGACAUAUUUUGCAUCAAACAGACCCGCGUGGAGGACCACAUCUGUGUGUGUUCAGGCUGGAUCUGCACUGAGGGACUGUGGUACUUCAGUUUCCUCUUCCUACAGCCAUCAGAUCACCUGUUCAGACCUGCUGGUUCAGCCAAGCAUCUCUUUGUAUUCCACUGUGGGCGGGGCUUCUGAAGUCCACCAGCAAGAGUUUCAGGUGUUCAGAGGCUCACCCUUCACCGUCAGCUGCUCCAUCCAGCCACAGUACCCAGGAGGCUCCUUCCAGCUCAUCUUCACCUCCACCAACACAACAUGGAACUCCACCAAGCCAGCUGUCAAUCACUCCGCCUCUUCCCGCAUCCUGCUGCAGACUACACCCACCAAGGAAACUACUGUGUUUAUCAUAUCCACGUUUUUUCUCAUAACUUCUCAUCUGAGAGUCAUCUGGUGUCUCUGGCGGUCUCAGGACUCCAGAUUGGAGCAACACAAAACUCAACAGGUAAUACAACGGCCGAAAUACAAACAGUAA